AUGACUGGUCACGGCCAACCCGUCACAUUGACCUUUAACAUCGACGUCCUAUUUGACGAAUUCUCACAGACAACGAGCGUGACCGGUAAACGCCUAUGGAAGGUCUCGGCGUGGGCGAGCAGUGACCCUGACGGGGGAGGAGCGCGGCACGGCUACGUCGACCAAGUCCUCACCGCGCGACAGGCGUCACGGUUGCACAAAAAGGAUACCGAUUUCGUCAUCAAUGACAUCACCUUUGACCUCAUCCCGCCAUCUUGUGAAGCUGUGCGCCAUAUUUGCGUCAGAUUUGCCCGGGGUGACGCACCUACAACAAAAUCGGGAUUGGAGCUCAUAUUUACCGGACCUAGGGAUGAUAGUCGAGACAUCAGGAAGUGUGUGCCAGCGCCAACUUGCAAUGUGUUGAUCGGAUCAGGACUCUCAUACACCACGAGAGGGCCGUACGACUACAAAACGGGGCAGAUCAGAUAUCUCGACGUCAAUCUCACCCCCAGAUUCAGAGAAACCUCAGAAACCACCGGGGUGAAAGGUCAACAACUAUGGAAGCUGAGUGCGUGGGCGAGCACGAAUGAUAAAGGGACUGGAUCACGGAUGAUGUACGUCGAUCAGAUUCUCGACGACAGGCAACAAUCGCAGACCUACACCAAAGGAAAGAAGUUCAAGAUAAAAAAAGCAAGGUAUGAUCUAAAGAAUUACGAAUGUGAGCUGGUGCGGUAUUUCUGUUUCGCAUUUGGUAUUGGAGAUGAUCCACAACCUGAACAUGGCGUCGGGUUUGAACUUAGGGGAAUAAAUCACGAUGUGAUCCAAUGCAUUGAGGCUGGAGAUUGCCUACCUCACGAAGAUCUGGACAGUCACUGGGUAGACCCCGAUGCCCCAGUAGAAACAACAACGCAGCCACCCCCAACAACAACGCAACCGCCCACAACAACAACGCUACCACCAACAACAACAACAACAACGCUACCACCAACCACCACAACAGUCAGAACAACCACCAUUACCCGGCGUCCCGUUGUCGACUCAAACUUAGUCGAGGGAACAACUGGAGACAACAAUGGAGCUUCGUCGGGGAAAGGUAAAGGCAAGGGGAAAGGAAAGGGAAAGGGCAAGGACAAAGACAGAGGCACUAUUACCGUUGGUUGUCGCGUUGGAAGUCGGCCAGACCCUUGGGUACCUGUCUACUCUGAAGUUGAACCGCGCCCUCCACGUCCGUGCUUCACACGGGUCACCGAGCAUCGCCACGGGCAACGAUGGGACGCUGGUCCGUGUACGAGGUGUAAAUGUAGUGAUGCGUGCAUACGAUGUCUCAUCAAGAGUUGCCCACCGUACUUCUGCUACGAACCAAUCAAGAUAGAAGGCGAAUGCUGCCCCUUCUGUCCCUCAAGUGAGUUGAUAUCCGCUACCGAAAAUUAUUUCUAA